AUGGAAGAGAAAACGUCAUAUGAAAUUCGAGUUGGUACUGCAGAGGCGGCCGUUUUGUUCACAAAACCGAACUUUCCAUACACGGCCUUGGUUACCGUGGAUGUUGUAGAUGUCAAUGAUUGGAUACCAAAUUUUGAAUUUGAUAGCUAUCAAUUUAAAGUGAAUGCAGAUGCGAAACUCGGUACAGCUAUUGGCCAAAUUGUGGCAUACGAUCAAGACAGAACCGUGCCAAAUAACGAAAUUCGUUAUCGGAUCAAAGAAAGCAGCACCAAUGAUUCAUAUGUUAGUGUAGAUCGUAAAAGCGGUUUACUGACUGUCAAGAAAGAUCUUCGUCUAUUUACAGAUAAAAAGAUUUUGUUAAAUAUAGAAGCAGCAGAUAAUGGAACACCAAAACAGUCUAGCGAAACGAUUGUUUUAAUUGAUGUUGAACCUGAAGAAACUGCCAUUGCCAUUUUGACAAGAACGCCAUCAACGUUUGAUGCAAUCUCUUCUAGCAAUAAGCUGCAGUUCUCAAAACGGAAUUACUCCAUUUCUGUAUCGGAAUCAGUCCGUUCUCCAUAUUUAUUGCUUGUAUUACCAGUGGUUAACAAGCUAGCAAACAGGCAUUCCAUAAUUUGUUCAAUUACUUCUGGUAAUUACGGAGGAGCCUUCAGCAUUUCAACUGGUCCUGAAAGUAAUUGCAAACUUCGAACUCAAACGCUAUUGGACCGAGAAACAGUGGAUUAUUAUCAAUUAAACGUAAGCGUAAAAAUGGAACAGCAAGUGGACCAUGCAAUAGUGCACAUAACCGUUCUCGAUACAAACGAUAAUGCUCCGAAAUUCAUCUAUAAUAACGAUGAAUACGGUGGAUAUUUUGCAGCUUUGUCCACUGAUGCCUUAUCAUUUACCCUCGUCACCACCACUCAGGUAGAGGAUGCCGAUUUAGAAAACAAUAGUGUUGUUACAUAUUCAUUGAAUUCGUUUUCAAUGGACUCGAAAUAUUUCAUGGUUGACUCGACCGGAAAUAUCCAGACAAAAAUAAGUGCAACAAAAAUGAUGGAAGAGAGUCAGAAAAAUUAUUUUAAUUUCCAAAUGAUCGCUUGUGACUCUCCUCCUGUUGAAAAGAAGUUGUGUUCCAAAGCGGAGGUAUUCGUAAAUAUAAUUAGUGACUCAAACCGAUUCAUUCUGUCAGUUCUCAAUACGGAAGCACGACAUCUUAAGACUGCUGAAAAGGAAAUUGCAAAAGUAUUACGAGAAUUCACUGAUCCGUGUAAACUGCUUCUUUUGGAAAGUGUCAAAGAAAACCAAAAUGAUAUAAAGAGGCAGAAGCACGUUGAUAUGAGUUGGUAUGCUGUGAAUCCAACAACAAAAAGGAGCUGCAAAGUUGACGAAUACAGCAAACUUUUCGAUAACUCAACAAUAAGAACAGUUAUUACGAAGUUGAAACUGCAAAUUGUUAUUGGUGAAAUUCGUGUUAACUUAAAAAACGUACUUAGCGAAAAUGCGUUGUUAACAAAUUUCAAAACUACAUCCGUUGUAAUGAUUGUACUAGCGGUGAUGAUAGCAGGUGGAGCACUGAUUGGGAUAUGUGCCAUAAGUAUGUGCUACAUGCGGCAUUGGAUGGGGCGACAUUCAAAGCAUGAAUAUCCAAAUAUUAAUCAAAUUCCAAAAUUUGGUGCUAUAUUUUUACCUAAUCCACCGGCUGGAAACUCUCAUGACAUGCUUUAUGAAACUCAGAUGCUCGAAGUGCCAAUGGGAAGAGAAGAGAAUAGUAUAGUCAAACCAGUGGGAAAUGAAAGCAGAAGAUCCGCUCCUGCACACGGUACAGUAUUCUCCAGCAGCUACGAUUUGGAUCUGGAACGGAGCUAUCAGAGUUAUGCUAAGAACACAUUGACUGAUAAAAGAAAAUUUCCCGCUGAAGAAAGCAUGGUUGCAAUGAAUGAACGAAAUGAGCUAGAUCCGCAAAAGAAUGAGUACGUUGGAUUUUAA